AUGAGCAAUAACAGGUGUAGAUUUAGUCUCCUAUUUGUUAGCUUUGCCUUUUUCAAAGAAAAUCCUUGGAUGGUUUCUAGCCCUGCGAGCACUGUCCUUACACCUCCGCUCACGAAUAUGGAUGGACGAAUAAACCUAUUAUUUUGGCGGCAGACAGAACAAGCAGUGGAAUCUUACUAUCGCCAAGUCCACAGACUUCAUCCGAUAGUCCUGUUACUUGAGCUGGAAGAAACCUCUACCCCGAACCCGAGUUUCCUUGACGCCAUAUCAUAUUUCCCAUUGAUAUACUGGAUGCAAGGGAAGAUUUCGAUGUAA